AUGUCAAAAAAUCCGAUAAAUGUCCGCGUUAUUACUAUGGAUGCGGAACUUGAAUUUUCCAUUCAAUCUUCAACAUCUGGAAAACAGUUAUUUGAUCAGGUUGUGAAAACAAUAAAUCUUCGAGAGAUUUGGUAUUUUGGUCUUCAAUACACGGAUAACAAGGGAUUCUCUACUUGGCUCAAACUUAACAAAAAAGUGCUCAAGCAGGAUGUGAAAAAGGAACCUAUUUUGCAAUUCAAGUUCCGUGCCAAGUUUUAUCCAGAAGAUGUUGCUGAGGAAAUUAUUCAGGAUGUUACUUUGCGUCUUUUCUAUUUGCAAGUUAAAGAUUUAAUUCUUUCUGACGAAGUUUAUUGUCCGCCAGACCAAGCCGUUCUUCUUGCCUCGUAUGCUAUGCAAGCGAAAUAUGGCGAUUAUCUUAAGGAUAAGCAUUUGCCUGGAACUUUGGCAAAUGAUCGUUUACUUCCUCAACGUGUUCUUAAUCAAUUUAAAAUGAAUAUAAACGAAUGGGAACAUCGUGUAAUGAAUUGGUGGCAAGACCAUCGAGGAAUGAACAGAGAAACUGCAAUGAUCGAGUAUCUUAAAAUUGCUCAAGAUUUGGAUAUGUAUGGAGUUAAUUAUUUUGAAAUUCGAAACAAAAAGGACACUGAAUUGUAUCUUGGAGUUGAUUCUCUUGGACUCAAUAUUUAUGACAAAGCGGAUAAAUUAAGUCCAAAAGUUGGCUUUCCAUGGUCUGAAAUUCGAAAUAUUUCUUUUAAUGAUAAAAAGUUUGUGAUUAAACCAGUGGAUAAGAAAUCACAGGCUCUUUGUAUGGGAAAUCAUGAGCUUUAUAUGCGACGUCGAAAGCCUGAUUCUAUUGAAGUUCAGCAAAUGAAGCAACAAGCAAAAGAAGAACGAAUUCAACGACAAAUGGAACAAGAAAGGCUUCAAAAAGAAAUGAAGGCUCGUGAAGCGGCUGAACAGAAACAGCUUGAGUAUAAAGCGAAAAUGUUGAGUAUGCAAGAUGAGAUGGAGCAGACACAUAAAGAAUUGGAAGCAGCUCAGGAUCGUAUUCGUCGUUUGGAGGAUGAACUUUAUGAAUUAAAUCAGGCAAAACGUCUUCUGGAACAAAAGGAAGAAGAAUUGCACGAACUUAACAGACAAAUGCAAUCUGAACGAGCGGAACGUAAUCGUCUUCUUAGAGAAAUUGCUGCACAAGAGAAUCAGGUUACGGCAAUGCGCUCGGAAGUCCAGAUUAAAACUGAUAAGAUGAAUAAACUUAAAGAAGAGGUUGAAAAAGGUCAAAACAAGAAAUUUGUUCCAAAUACUGCGGUUACUCAUGUCCACACAGGAAUUUAUGACAAUAAUGCGAAUGGAGGAAAUGGACAUUUGCCUAGAGAGUUUAACGACCCGGGGGAUUUGACUAAUGCACACGUUGAGUUGACAUAUGAAGCAGAGGAAAAUAAUUAUCCUCAAAGAGAGUUGGAUCGGCAAAAUGUUACUGAUCAGAAUCAGUCAUUGAAGAAAAAGCUUGAGAUGCUUACAAAAGAGCUGGAUAAUGCUAGGAACCAGCAGGCAAUUACUGAUUUUGACAUUCUUCACAUGGAGAAUAGGCGGCAAGGACGGGACAGAUACAAAACUCUGCGACAGAUCCGCUGUGGUAACACUAAAAGGCGCAUUGACCAAUAUGAAAAUAUGUGA